AUGGCACAAGCAGUCGAAAACCAGAUUGAAGAGACUGGAGUAAUAAUAUGCGGCGGCGGCCCAACAGGAACGGUGCUAUCUGCGUUACUUGGGUCGAUGAACGUGCCGAAUGUUGUGCUAGAGAAGGAGAAGGACAUCACCACAGAUCCUAGAGGCAUUGCACUUGACGAAGAUGGCAUAAGAAUCCUGCAAUCAAUCGGCAUAUAUGAUCGGAUAUAUACCGAGAUUGGAACCUGUAUGGAGAUAUUCAAUUUUGUUACAGGCAACACAGGUGAUCUGUACAAGAAGCCGCUCGUUCAGAUGGAUUAUUCGACCACCGAGGGCGGAACAGGUCAUGUGGGAUUUAUUUGCCAUAAACAACCUGCCAUGGAGAAAGCAAUUAGGGAUAAACUUGACCGGACACCUCUUUCCCAACUUAGGCCAGAAUCGACUCUGGUCAGUAUCAAUGAGACAGAAGCCUCAGUUGUUGCUGAGUACCAAGGGGCGGAUGGCCACAUACGCAAAUUGAAAGCUCCUUUUUUGGUCGGCGCCGAUGGCAAAACCGGGUUUGUGCGAAAGAGGUAUCUUGAAGACCGGGGGAUUGUCCUAGAGCGUUGCGAAGGGUCAACAUACGAGGAGACUUGGGUAGCUCUCAACUGGAAGAUCACCAUACCGACUGAAAAGACGCAUCCCGAUUUUCCCUUGUGGCGGUUGGGAUAUACGCCGGAGCAAGUAUACGACCUGUUCUUUCCGAAGCAAUUUAGGUUUUUGUGCAACCCCAAAAGACCCUCGGUCUGCGGCAGAUUUGGUCUUAUGAAAGAUCAACUCUGGAGAUUCGAAUUUGUGGUUCAGAAGCGGGAAGAUCCUAAUCAGAUGGCAACGUGGGAGGAGACAAGCAAGAUAAUAUUCCCUUACAUCACCCACCCUGGAAGUCGAUACGGUCUCGAUCAUCCAAUUCGAUUUCCUGAAGACUGUAUCGAUACUCUAAGGUCAAGACCAUUUUCGUUUGUUGCCAGAUCUUGCAACAGGUGGUCUCGCGGUAGAGUAGUCUUGGCAGGAGAUGCUGCACACGUUUUCCCUCCCUUUGGAGGACAAGGAAUUGCCUCCGGCUUCCGAGAUGCUCUGGCAUUAUCAUGGAGGCUUGCUCUUCUCCAUCGCAAGCCAGAAGCCGAUCACGACCAACUUUUUACUGCAUGGUACAUGGAACGGAAACAACAGCUUGAAAAGUCACUCGCGGCCACAAUUGUCAACGGUGAAUACGUGACAGAAUCCGAUCCUGUCAAGGUCUUCAUACGCGAAUGGUACAUGUGGGCGGUGCAACUUGUCCCUAGUUGGAGGCGGGAAAUCCAAAAGGGUCCCCGAGCGGCAGGAAUGACCAGAUAUCGAUACGAGAAUGGCUUUCCAUUCAUUCGGAACAUGCAUGGAGGGAUCAACCUGCCUCAGGUAUACGCGUGCGAUCUGAAAACGAGACAAUUGUCAUUUACGGACGAUCUGCUGUUCUCCCCCUGGAAGAAGGGGCUCUUCCAGCUGCUCAUCCUGCCAGACAGCAUCGAGGAACUCGAGGAACUCAAAGAUGACCUUGGAGAUAUUGACGCUAUCUCCAAUGGCUUUGUCCGUGCGGAUGAAGCAACUGUGAUCAUCCAGUCAACUGAUUCACGAUUAUCACUAGAUGGACGGCAAUACGAUCAGAUUGUGACGCGACUUGCAACAGCUGACGAAUUUGCUGCUGAUCCCCUAUUGUGUAAGAACCGGCCACCACCGAUUGGUUAUGAUGAAUGGCGGCUAGGAAGGGAAGUCAAGAACAAGAAGUUUGUGGUGCUUCGUUUUGACCGGUUUACCUUCGCUGUGUGUGAUACGAGUGCCCAGCUGAAAGAGGCGGUCGGUCGAAUCGAAAGGGUCUUGCAUCUUAAGGCUUCGCUGUAG